CAUCGCAGUCGCUCAGAUCAUUCUCUGUUUCCGGCAUCGCGUGCUGCUAGCUCGUACCGCGUUUUGUUCUAGUGUAAUAAAACUGGUUCGUUUAUUCACCACACCACACCCUCGAUAUGCCAGAGUUGACUGAAAUUACGGAAAGUGCAGCGGCUGCCGCUUCGGCUACCGCUUCCGCCAGCACAGAGGCCAAGCUGGAGGAUGCACUCAGUGACACAGAGACCGACGACUCGAUCCCGGAGCUGGAAGAUGCCGGUGCUGCUACGGCUCAGUUGGCCGCCGGUGGUAUUCCGGAUCUCGUCUCGAAGGCAAAACAGUCGCGUGGUGAGAAGAAGGCGCGAAAGAUCAUGUCCAAGCUCGGACUGAAGCCGGUCCAGGGCGUGAACCGGGUGACGAUCCGGAAGUCAAAGAACAUUCUGUUCGUGAUAAACAGCCCGGACGUGUACAAAAACCCGCACAGCGACACCUACAUCAUCUUCGGUGAAGCCAAGAUCGAGGAUCUGUCGCAGCAGGCUCAGGUGGCUGCCGCGGAGAAGUUCAAGGCACCGGAAGCGACGCCGGCCGCCGGUGAAGCGUCCGGAUCGACGAAUGUGGUCACACCGAUUGCCGAGGAGGACGAGGAGGAAGUGGACGAGAGCGGCAUUGACGACAAGGACAUUGAGCUCGUAAUGUGCCAGGCCAACGUUAAACGCGCGAAGGCAAUCCGGGCACUGAAGAACAAUCAAAACGACAUCGUGAACGCGAUCAUGGAGCUGACGAUGUAAACGAAUUUGGUGUUUCGAUUACAGUUCAAAAGCAUACACCCGCUGGUCGCCGUCACCAGAAAGAUGCUGCCCUUCCCAAAAUCUGUUCAACUGGUUCCACAGCGUUGAAACUAUGCUGGGGAACCAAACCGUGUUCGCUCUUCGUUUCGAACCAAGCAUUUGCAUUGGUGGCCCUUUUCGAUACAUUAACUUAACAUCCAUCAUGAAACACGCAAAUGGCAAAGUUAUUGCAUUAACACUCAGUAAUAAAUUAAGAAACUAAACCUUCGAAGGCCGCGUCCUCCGAUUCACUGUUGCGUGAUGCGGUCAUUGUUUAAAUCAAACACGCAGCACAGCACAGAGUCUUAUGCCGUCAUUUUCUUUACCACAAAAGCCUACAAAAAGUAGUACCCCCUUAGACCGCCUCGCUUAUUCGGUUGUAGCACGAAAAUAGAUGCAAGCCUUUCUGGUGGCGUUAUUUUUAAAAGUGUAUUUAAGUGAAUCGAACCAAACGAAAACCUAACAACCAUUGCUUGAGUGCGUUGAUUCGAUAAUAAAGUUUACUUGUAAGUGAAACGCUUUGCAGGUUCCCAAACGAUAA